CACCGCCCCCGGCACAAGAGGCUCACGCGCCUCUUACCUAACAGGAAGUUGGAAGCAGCGCGCCCCCACGGUGCACCGAACGCACUCAAACAGAACCGGACGCAGACACGCGCUUUCAGCCCAGGGGAAAAACUGGCAGGGUCAGAAACGCACGCGGCGGGGGCGGGAGCUCAGAAUGCGCCCUGCCCCUGCCCGAGACCCCGCCCCGGCCCGGCCCCGCCUUUUUGUCUGCCUCACCCCUCCCCGCCCGGCACGUACUGGCCCCGCCCUUCGCGCGACGUGUUUUGUUGACCCGGAAACGGAUUCUCCGGAGCCAAGGUCCGCUGGAAUUGUCUUCUUAGUGCUUGGAUGGUGUGAGUCAAAACCCAGAGGAAUACAUUUGGUGGCUGAGCUAGUACAAUGCCAUCACUGGAUUCCAUGACCUUCGAGGAUAUAGUUGUAGACUUCACUCAGGAAGAGUGGGCCCUGCUGGACACAUCCCAGAGAAAGCUGUUUCAAGAUGUGAUGUUGGAGAACAUCAGUCAUCUGGUCUCUAUUGGCAAACAGCUCUGCAAAUCAGUUGUGCUUUCUCAUUUGGAGCAAGUAGAGAAACUUUCAACACAAGGAAUAAGCUUACUGCAAGGUAGAGAAGGUGACAUUAAACAUCAAGAGAUACCAUUCAUUCAACAUACCUAUCAGAAGGGCACAUCCACCAUCAGCACAAUGAGAUCUCAUACUCAAGAGGAUCCUUUUCUAUGUAAUGAUUUAGGAGAAGAUUUUACUGAACAUACAGCAUUGACUCAAAAUGUGAUUACUUACAUGAGAAAGAAACACUUUGUAAGCAAAAAGUUUGGGAAAACCUUCAGUGACUGGUUAUCCUUUAAUCAACACAAGGAAAUUCACACCAGAUGUAAAUCAGAUGAAGGUCAUCUAUUUGAUUAUGCCUUUAUCCAAAACUCUGCCCUUAGACCACACAAUGUGACUCACACUAGAGUGAUAACAUUAGAAUGUCAUGUGUGUGGGAAAACCUUCAGCAAAAAUUCUAAUCUUAGGCGACAUGAGAUGAUUCACACUGGAGAGAAACCACACGGAUGUCAUCUAUGUGGGAAAGCCUUUACUCAUUGCUCUGAUCUUCGAAAACAUGAGAGAACUCACACUGGAGAGAAGCCAUAUGGAUGUCAUCUAUGUGGGAAAGCCUUCAGUAAAAGUUCUAACCUUAGACGACAUGAGAUGAUUCACACUAGAGAGAAAGCACAGGUAUGCCAUCUAUGUGGGAAAGCCUUCACUCAUUGCUCUGACCUUAGAAAACAUGAGAGAACUCACUUAGGAGAUAAACCAUAUGGAUGCCAUCUAUGUGGGAAGGCUUUCAGUAAAUGUUCUUACCUUAGACAACAUGAAAGAACUCACAAUGGAGAGAAACCAUAUGAAUGUCAUCUAUGUGGAAAAACCUUCUCUCAUUGUUCUCAUCUUAGACAACAUGAGCGAAGUCACAAUGGAGAGAAACCACAUGGAUGUCAUCUAUGUGGGAAAGCCUUCACUGAAUCUUCUGUGCUUAAACGACAUGAGAGAAUUCACACUGGAGAGAAACCAUAUGAGUGUCGUGUAUGUGGGAAAGCCUUCACUGAAUCUUCUGACCUUAGACGACAUGAGAGAACUCACACUGGAGAAAAACCAUAUGAAUGCCACCUGUGUGGAAAGGCCUUCAAUCACUCUUCUGUCCUUAGACGACAUGAGAGAACUCACACGGGAGAGAAACCAUAUGAAUGCAAUAUAUGUGGUAAAGCCUUCAAUAGAAGUUACAACUUUAGACUUCAUAAAAGAGUUCACACUGGAGAGAAACCAUAUGUAUGUCCUCUAUGUGGAAAAGCCUUUAGUAAAUUUUUUAACCUUAGACAACAUGAGAGAACUCACACUAAAAAAGUAAUGAAUAUGUAAGAGUCAUCAACCAUAGCGUUAACACUAAAUACACUCAAGGACUGACAUACUACAGGAACAUUGUGUCUGUAAUCAGUGUGGAAAAGCCUUUAUUUGUAAUCACCACUUUGCUCAACCUAAAUGAAUCCAAAGUAGGGAGAAUCCAUAUGUAUUUAAGCUAUAUGGCACAAACUAUGAGAGAAUGAAACUAUAGAUCAAAGGAAUGUGGAAGAGUCUUCAUCCAAAGCUCUAACUGUUAAACAAACAGGAGAAAUCACAUCACAAAAAUUCUGUACCUGUCGUCAAUGUGAAAAUGCCAUCCUUUAAACAAAUGAGUAAAAUCGACAGGCAAGUAACCAUACGUCUGUAAUUGCUGUGCACUGUCAUUCAGCUAAGCACCAGUUUUGGUGUCUGCAAGAAAAUUCAUUAUCAGGUAACUGAUAAAAACAGGAAAUUUGUGAAAAUAUUUUUAUUAGGUGGAUGAGGCCUCUUGCACAAUUCCAGAAAUUCAUAGUAGAGAAAUUAUUCAGUGAGAAAUCCUUUUCUUAAUACAGCAGCACUUCUAUAAUAGAUCAGAAUUCACAUGGUGUAGAACACUCAGUGACAUGAAUGGAGGGCAGUCCUCAGUAUAUUACUCAUUCCUUAGUCAAUACCAGUAUUUUUCCACUGAGAAAACAAUCUUGACAUGAUAGUAGAAGAACCUUCAGGCAGCUUUCAUGUCAAAAAAGACAGGGCAGAAAACUCUAAAAAGCCAUUGAGAUGUAUAGCUGGGGGACAAAACAUAAAGCCAUCAAGCACAUGCUUGAGAAAAAAAAUUAUGGUUUUGAGCAAAGACUUUCUACUUAAAAUAUGUGGGAUGAAAUGUACAAUUCUGAAAUAACCUGGGAAUAUUGAAUGCAGAAUUGUGUAAGAAGUAAUAAGAUUAAAUUAGUACUGUCAAAAAUGCAAGCAUUAAAUGUUGUUGCUGAAUAAUCUAAUAGGUUGAUUAAACUCUUAUGGUUUUUUUU